GUUGCGCUUACCGUUGAAAGAAUCUCUCCAAAUUUCUCUCACAAUUUAGCGUCCAACCUCUUGGUUGUCUGCGUUCGGAAGGUGCGUUCUUCGUUGUAGAAUCCGUUUGGCACUCUAAGAGUUUCCCGAACAGAGCAAGACAGCAUAACAAAUACAGGUGUCACAGCUGGAAGGCGCAUUUUUUGUACCCGUUGAGCUUUGGCAUACCGAUUGCAUCGGAUGCGGAACGGAACAGCGGCCAACCUCACAUCACAUCUUAGGAGGGACCUCUUCCAUGCGCACACACUUUAAAUUCGAAUCGAAUCCAAGGCAAGCAACAUGAGACCCAACCGAGAUCCACCCGUAGGCGAUAAUAUCAAAAGGAAGAAGAGUAUCUGUGACUAUUCUGGAAGCUCUCUAUUCGACAGCCAGGCUGACAUGAAGUAUGGAGACAUCAAAAUUGCAAACUCCAACUAUGACAAAUAUACCAGCAUGGAAGAAGAUGACACCGAAUUAGACUCGAAGCUUGCCGAAGCAGCGCGUCAAUGCCUUCUUGAGUACAAGAAACGAGAAGAGAUCGAAAAGCAAUUGGGUCUGAGCUUUUCGGACAAUGAUGCCAGCAGCCAUGAACUUGGGCACAACUUGUCUUUGGACACCAAACGUCCGUCUUUUGGAGAAGAGAAGGCGCAGAUUAAUAAGGAUGAACUGCAGACUGAUGUGGAUGACGAUGACGGUGACGACGAAAAGGAGGACAACCUAACAAACAGUAGCGUUUCGAGCUUUGAAGAGGAAGAAAAUACGACUUCGGAUCAGUACACAAACGUUGGAGGAAAGCAGAUGUCUUCAGAACAGGAACGAGUAUCUGAUCAGAAUAUGAUGAUACUACAUGAAACUGCCGGAGAUGAUGCCGAGCCUGCUGAUCCUCUUCCUCCACUGCCUGGGUUCUGGAUCACAUUAUUCGAAUUUUUGACCUGCGCUAUCGUAAACAUCUGUGCCACAACUAGUACCAAGACGGACAUAACCGGUACUCUUGAAUACGAAAUUCCGCUGCACAGUGUCCAGGAUAUUGACGACAAUAUUGGAGACUGGGGCAAUGCUGACACUGAACAAGAGAGCUUGAAACCAACAAGAAUCGCAAAGGCUAUCAAUUUCUCAUCUAAGAGGUUGGAUGAGCCGAAUGCAGGAAUUGCAUUGUACGAUGAAGUGAAGCUCAGACAAGAGGUGCACACGGUUGAGAUCCCGGAUGAAUAUUUUGACUUUGACGACGAGGCAAACGACAUUUGCGAGGAGUUAUCGUACGUGCAGCCAAGAGGAGUUCCUGAAGCCGUUGUUGUGAAGCCAAAGAAAAUGGAUGAUGUCUCCGUAUUGGAGGACAACUCAGUUGACGAUACAGUGACUGAAGCUCGCAGUAUCCAUGCUUGGUCCCUUUCGCCAAGGCGCAAGAGGAGGCUGAAGGCAAAGGCAAGAGCUAGUGUACACAAGGAAAGCGCUGCAAAGAGUUAGCUAGAAAAGGACGAUAAAGGUAUUGUCCGCUGUAACAGUCUAGGUCUUUCAUUGAGUACUGCAAUAACCGACCACGCAAUAAGAUAUCAUCGUAACUUCCCUACUCUAAACACCCAUUCAUCCUUGC